UUUCAGUUCACCAUUUUAUUCGCUGCCUGCAUCGCUGUCGCCAGUGCUGGUAUCAUUGCACCUGCUGCACCACUUGCUGUUGCAGCACGCGUUGAAGAAUAUGAUCCUCAUCCACAAUACACCUACGGUUAUGAUGUCAAGGAUGCUUUAACUGGUGAUUCAAAAACUCAAGUCGAAAGUCGCGAUGGUGGUGUAGUACAAGGCCAAUACUCAUUGAAUGAUGCUGAUGGUUAUAGACGUAUUGUUGACUAUACUGCCGAUCCAAUCAAUGGUUUCAAUGCUGUCGUCCGUCGUGAACCAUUGGUAGCUGCUAUUGCUGCCCCAGCACCUCUUGCUUAUGCUGCCGCUCCAGCUCCAAUUGUUGCUGCUUCUGCCCCAGUUGUUUCCGCUCCAGUUGUCAGAGCAGCUCCACUAGUUGCUGCCGGUCCAGCUAUUGUGAAAACUAGCUUCGCCUCCCCACUUAUCUCUUAUGCUUAUUAGAUAAGUUCACGACGACAUUCGCCUGUUAAUUUUUCUGAGUCAAUGAUGUGAUUAAUAGAUUUAUAAGAAAAUAAAAAAACCA